AUGGACCGGAGAAAGCCGCGCCGGCCCAGGACUGCCGGCUGCGGGUCCCGGAGACGCCUUCUCCUGUCCCGGUCCUCCUCCGGGACCCCGCGGGCCGGGCACAGGCGCCGGGCGCGCACGCGUCCGUGGCCGGGGCAGCCGGCGGAGGCUGAGAAAGUUCCUCCGCCUCGACGUCUGCGCCCCGGGGCCCGCUCGCCCCGCAGCCUCCCAGCCCGCCGCAAGGUCGCGGCGCCGGGCCGGCGGCGCGCGGGGCCCCGGGACCGUCCCCGGCGCAGGGGGCGCGCCGGCCGCACCCCUCCCGCCCCCGGGCGCCCGCACUCACCGCGCCUCGCUCGGGAUCCCCAGGUGGCGGCUGCGGAGCGCGGCGCGGCCCGAGCCGGAGCCGGUGGCGGCGGGGCGCGGGAGUCGGAGCAGGGAGAGCGGCGCGGCGGCGGCGGCGCAGAGAAUCCGGCGGGGAGCGAGCGGCGGCGCCUGCACACGCCGCGCAGCCCGAGCAGCCGUCAGCCCCAGGGCGCGAGCGGGGCGGCCGCGGCGGCGGCGGGGGCUUUAUCGCCGCCCGCCCGGCCCCCGCCCCUUCCUGCCGCCCCCGCCCCCGGCCCGCCCCGCCCCGCCUUCCCGCCGCCGCCUUUGUGUGCGGCGGCCCGCUGCGUCCCCGCGCCCGCACCCCGGGACGCCCCGCUCCCGCCCGCGUCUCGCGGACGCGGCCCCCUGAGGGCCCCCGUCGUGGGGCUGCGCCCGGAGACGCGCAGACCGCGAGGUGCAGCGCCAGCCGGGGCCGAGGCGCACGUGGGGCGCCGGGAUCGGGUGUGUUGGGAGGGGGGGACCCAGGGGCUCGCGGCGCGCCCCGGGGACUGGGGCAGUCGUCUUGGCUGUCCCUGGGAGAGGCAGGAGGGGCUCCGGGGCAGUGCCCUCCAGUCCGGGGCUGGGACUAAGGCUGCCAGGGCGGGCUGGGGAGGGGCAGAUCCUCCGGGCGCUGCGCAGGGUGCCCCACAGCCGACUUCUCCCGGCCUCGGGGACAGAGGAGCGGCAGCGGGGCGCCGCAGGCAGAUGGCAGACGAGGGAAUCCGGAAAACUGGAUUCCCGGCUGCGGUGACAGCACAGGGUACCCGCAGAGUCCUGGGAAGCCAGCUCUUCCCAGGCAGUGACUACAACUGAUGGGACUUUGUGCGCAACAGAGAGGCGCAGCCCCCAGAGGCCGGCGACAAAUUACCGUCCCGCUCCCAGCAGAUUUAUCCCAUGUCCGUAUUCGGUCCUCCUGUGUAUCAGCUUAGGUUUGCGGGGGGCCCGGCUUGAGUGACAUAAUUUAUGUUGCCUUCAGACAGUGCAGCACCCUCACCAGCAGGCCCAUGGCCCCACCUGUGAGAAGGAAAUGUGGUAAAUCUAAUUCACAGCCUUGAAUUAAGGUGUUAUCUACUGACCAGAGCAACUGGGAUGAUCUACAGUUGGCAUGCAGGCAGCCAUGCUAGACGGUGUGUGCGUGUGUUCAGCGAGGGAGUCGCUUUCAGAAGUGUAAGGGCUGGGGAAACACAGCCCUCAAAAAGAAAACCUGUGUCAUUAUUUUACCGUCAUGCCUCAUGUUCAUAUUCAGUUACAAGCACUGUCGAAGGAACGAAGGAACGCUUUGAGCAACACUUCUCAUGACUUGUCAAUUCUGAAAUCAGACAGGAUGCAGUGUUAACUAAUAUGCUAAACUAAGCACCACCACGAAUGUACAUUUCUCUCUCCUUGGACAUUGGAUGGGACUGCCAAUGAGUGUCUCCCAAAGGGAAGUGAUUCAAGACAAAGACCCAUUCUGCCAGCGGGAUAUGCCGGGAAUACCAACUAUGCCCGUUACAGAAUGUGCACUGCUGGUAUUGGCCAGCCUUCCUGAUGCCAAGCAAGAGGAUACAGAUCCAACCUCCCAAGCCUUCCAUGACAUCCAAGUGACCAGGCCCUUCAACACCACUCAGUAAGGGGCUACCCCGAAGGUGUUCCCACCUGAGGUGGUACCCGUGAGCAGUGGUUUCUCUAGUGUGACCCUCUUUGAAAUGCAUCUCUCACAGACACGCACUUGGGUCAGCCGGCACUUCCUUCCUGUCUCCACCACAGUCUUGUUUGAGAAAACCAAAUCAUUUAAUGCCCCUACCUGCCUCUUUCUUUGCAACUCCACAUUCAGAGGAGAAUUUCAUUUUGUCUUUCAAUUGUGUGGCUUGCCUUAUCCUUGGAGCUUCAAAUUGUUUAUUCCUUUAAAAAAUGUGACCUGGAGUUUAGCCAGCUCCAGCCAGCCUCUGAGUUUGGCUUUGUAUCCAUAAGCUGCAGUUGGGAGAAACGCACGAAAUACCCAAACAGAAUAAAACAAAUGAUCUAUUUAGUCUCUUUUCCUCUC